CAUUUACAAUCAGCAUGGAUUUACUAGGUUCGGAUUCUGAGGAUGAAAAAGAUAUUAAAUUUACAAUUAAUGAAAACUAUGCUAAAAACUACGAUACGUGGCGCAAAAAAGAAGAAAAGCAAAAGUGUAAGAUUUGUGAACGUUUUGUUUUUAAAUUUGCUGCUUAAGUAAAAGGUCGCCAAUAUUAGGAAUUCAAUUAUUAGUUAUUAUUAGUUCAUUAGUAAUUUUGGCUUACCGUAAUUUUAAUUAGUUAAUAAUUAGGCUUAGGCUUAGACAUUAUUAGAUUAUUAGUGUUAGACUGUUUAGUGAUAAAGCUAGGCUAGGGUGACCAAAUCAUGAACUGGAAAAAACGGGGCACCCAAAGCCAAAGAGGGUUGUUUGGGGGGAUACCCCCACUUAAAGAGGGGUUGGGGGCCUCCGCUGGACACUGUUUAUUGAAAUAUGUUAAUUUUAACUAUUUUGAUACCUAGAAAUCUUUUAAAUUUACCUUCACUUCAUUAUUUGUAGUGGUAGUGGAAUCAAAAUUGGUUUCUGCGCAGUUAUGCGCGCCCCCCCACCCCGCGGCUUCAAGUCUUGUGUCUUUUGCUAUACAUAUAAGAGCUAUGGCAGGGACACUGUCGUUUAUGAGUUUAUGCAGCGUUGGCAGAGUGGUGGAGAGGGAACAGUGCAGCCAUCACACGAGCCCACAUCACUACUGGCACUGGCUACACAGCUAGCCAAAAUAUUACUUGAAAUUAUAUUAUAAAUCAGGAAGUUUUAUUGAUUUGAAAUGUGUUUGGUUUUAAAUAUGGAUCUUUUAGGCGUACCGACAGACUUUUUCGGGACACUGGGUACGAUCGUGAAAAAACGGGACAAUCCCGUUUUUACAGGACGUUUGGUCACCUUAGCUUAGGCAGGCACGGCUUAUCUACUAUGACUACACAACUACAGGACUGUCAUGGGAAAAUAUUAAAUGGAUAGUGAUAGAGUCCUAGCUUUAUAGCAAACUUUUCACUCAAACCUUGGUUAUCCUUUUUAUUUUAAACUUUUAACCUGAAUGCUUUUUUUCAGUGCUAGACAGAUAUGGAAAUGCAGAAAAUACAAGUUCCUCAUCUGAAGAUGAAGAAAUUGUGAGUCAUUCAUGCUUAUUUUAAUGAAGUUAAUUUAUUAUAUUAUUUAUUGGACUACAGUAAUGAGUAAUUGUUGUUUAAGCUACUGUGUCAUUGUUGGUGGGAAAUUGGAAGUUAUAAAACAUCAUUUAAGAAACAGUUUAAAACUUUUUUCUUUAAAUAGAUUGUAGGACAUCAGAGCGCUGUGAGCAUGCUAUAAAAGUAUUCAAUUAAUAAAUCAAACUUGUAAUAUAUAAAGUAACCUGUUUUUAAUAUAUUCAUUUUUUUCUUUAGCGAUCAACCCCACAAAUGGAUAAAGAUUGGCUGCGUGCCUAUGCUGUCAUUAGAUUUCAACAGCCAAGACUCUACAAGAAAGGGGAACAUUUCUUUAGCGGUAAAUUACAUUUAUUCAGUAAAACAAUUAAAAUGUUACAGGCAAAGUGUAAAAUCUGUUCAUUCCAUAGAUUGCCUAAGCAUUGAAUAGAAUGUCUGAUUUUAGUCAAAGUAUGAAAUAAAAUAGACAGUCUAUACAAAUCAGAGGCAUUCUCAGAGAUUCCAGCCUGGACCUAGAUGAAGAAUAUUGUUAGAUACAAAGAUAUUGGACUUUUUAUAAACAAAUAAAGAAACAGCAGGGAGCAAAAAAAUUAGUACAAAACAACUGUCAGAACUGUCACACUUUGGAUGUAACAUUUGCAUCAACUUGGUAUUGAACGCAGGCUAAAAAUAAUUUUUACAGGGAUCAAAAUGAGUUUUUCUUUUUUUUAACAUAUACAUUUUUUAAAUGAUAAAAAGGUAUUAUCAGCUGCAAAAAAAAUAUGUCAAAUUUAUUGAAAAACCAACAUGUGCCUUCCAGUUUUAAAUUGUUACUGUGAUCCAGUUAUAAGUCAUAUUUUUUUUUAGGGAAGCUCUGUCCCACAGUAUUUUUAUGUAUUCUGUCUACGUAUUACUCCAAAAAGUGAAUAAAUAGUUAAUUGAAGAUCUGCAAUUUCUAUGUAUGUUCGCUUCUUUGAAUAUUUUUAGAGGAAGCAAAGCCAAUGAGUAAAAAGAAGGAAAAGGCUACAACACUAAAGGAUCAUGAAAGACGUUUCAUGCUUGAAAAAGGAGGGCAAGUAAAAAUAACAUGUUUUUCCAUAGGAGUUAUAACCCUCAGAUUAUAAUCUGAUUGAAAUGCUUGUGUCUUUUUUUUUGGCCCCUACUGUACACAUUCAAGGAACAAUUUUAGUUUUUCUUAGCAUUCACAAUAAUCUUAUUUUUUGAAAAUUGUGAAAAUUAUGUUAAUUUAAAUAAACAUACAGAGAUCAUAGCUAUUAAAUGAUGCAUGAAAUAAUAGUUAAAAUUAUCCUGUUGGGAAGUAAGUAAUUCAGUCUGUUUUAGGUAGGGUGAUAUGAUUUCGAUUUAGUCUUAGAAUACGUCCUAAACGAUAUCAAUUCUUGAAAGUGAGUCAUAAUACAACAAAUUGUUAAAAUCAAACGCAUCUAAAAGUUAAGCAGAUCAGUCACAUAAAAAGCUAAUCUGGUUAAUUACGAUUUUUAUGUUUUUUAAAAAAAAACAACAGAACACCAGGAUCAAAACUGCUAGAAAGUUGAAUACAUGUCAAUAGCUGGAUGGUAGAACAGAGUUGUUUUUUUCUGAAUAGUUAGGCUUAAAUGUUUCCCAAGAAGAUAUUAGUCCUUCUGGCCCCUCUGCUUUACAACAGUGGGGAGAUAUUAGUUCUUCUGGUCCCUCUGCUUUACAACAGUGGGAAGAUAUUAGUUCUUCUGGUCCUUCUGCUUUACAACAUUGGGAAGAUAUUAGUUCCUCUGGCCCCUCUGCUUUACAACAAUGGGAAAAUAUUAGUUCUUCUGGUCCUUCUGCUUUACAACAUUGGGAAGAUAUUAGUUCUUCUGGUCUUUUUGCUUUACAACAGACAAUAUUUAUAUAUUUAUUUAUAUUUCUUUUCUAGACUAGAAAGUGAUGAUGAUUCAAAACCCAAGCAGGCACUUGGGAAAAGUUAUUUUGAAGAACAAGAAGAAAUAAAAAAGAGGUAAGUGAUCCGCUGAAUAAUCCUUUAGAAACAUUAAAAUUUCAUUUUACAUUUUAAACAAUGGAUAUGUUGAUCAGGAAGACAGUGCAUUCACUGCUUUCUUCACUUUUGUCACUGAAAUUACAGUUUCAAGAUUGCAGUACAAGAUUCUAGUGAUGAAGAUGAUGGGCUGCUGGUGAAAAAACAAAAAACUUUAGAAGAGCAGGUAGGAUUGCUUUAUUUUUUUCUGUACUGUCUGACCCAAUAGAAGUGCAUUUGCUUUAAAACCACGAAGUAGCAGGGGCAUAUAAACCUAGUGUCAUUUGCAGCUAUGGUUAAACAAACAGUCCUUUGGUACCAAUGUGAGGUGGAACCCCUGAGGAAAAAUACUCAGCCUUCAAAGAGGCAGCAGUUAUUGUACUACCUGUUAACAUAAUAAGAUGUAAGCAACAAACAAAAAGGGCUGUGGUGUAAUAUGAAACAUUGUCCUGGAUUUUUUUUUUCUUCAGAAAGUAGAUGAUGAUGAACUCUACUUCAUCUGUAGUUGUUUGAUUAUUUAUAAAGCACAUUCUGAUCACUGGAGCUGUUGGCAUAAAUUUAAGGAGAAUAGAUUUAACACUAUUAUGCUCAUAUUAAAUUAUGGACACACAAUACAAUGUGGUGAACGUCUCCAUGCAAAUGAAAUAGAGGCAGAGGGAAAGUCUCAGCUUUCUUAUAGUUAUAUAUUUCUGAUGGGAGAAAGUUCGAGAUACAGCAUGACACAAAUGGAAGGACAAGACAUUUUUAGGAAGGAUCCUAAAUGUUCACACUCUUCAAUCUAAGGAGGGUUGGGGGUGGGGGGCAUCACUCACAGGUGAAGGCAAGGAAAAAAAAUCUACUCUUGUGUCAUCAAAUAUCGCUCACUGUGCCAAAGGGGGGAUAAUUUAAGGCAAGGGUAGGUAACAUCUAAAUAGAUAAAUGAAGAUAAAUUUGUCAUAUAUUGUUUUUAUCUGAUCUGAUUUCAUUGUACAGAGAAAAGAAGAAAAUGAGUAUCUGGAGUGGUUGAAAGGGGAAAAGGAUGAACUGGCGGAUGAAGAAGCUGCAGCAGAGCUAGUGAGUUUAUAGCUAACUAAGAAAAUGUUUGACAGUAUUAGGAUAUACCAUUUUUAUUCCUUGAUUCCUUGGUAAAUGCAUGAAAAAAAAAGUUACCAUUUUGAAAUACUAAUUCAUUUUUUUUUUUGUCGUUUAGGAAACCCAGUUUCCACUUAAGCAUAUUUUGUGAUGGAUUUUUUGGUUGUGCUUACCUCUUUUGUUUAUAAUCUUAGUUUAAAUCAAUUGUAAUAAUCAGAAUCACAAUUGAAAAUUACCAUUGUUAGUAUCUAUAGAGCAAAAUCAUGUGAUUUGACAUGCAGCCGUUGUCACUUAGGAACUAAGUUAUUGACAUUGUUUUAUUUCUUUGAUUUAUAUUAUCAUUGGAAAUUAUUAAUUUUAAAUUUAGAUAACUGUAUAUACUUAAAUUAAACUCAGUUUUUCAUGAGUAAAGUCCCCUAGUUUUGGACUGGAAAAUCCUGAAAAGUUAAUAAAACCCUCUCAUAAUAUGCCAGUUUAAUCAAUAAGGUGCUAAAGAAUAUCUAAUCUAGGAUAAGAUUAUGCUGGAGCUAAAAACAGUCGCACCAUCUACUUCCUGUAUCUUUGUUUUAUGUUAUGGGUAAUCAAGAACUGAAGCGCAUGAAUUAAACAUUUUUGAAAUUCAAAUUUUAGGAACACGACAUUAAUAUUUUAUUUUGAGAGGGAAAUGAAUAAUUGGGGUGAGCGCAGAUCUUUAUUAAUAUUCAAAGCUUCUGGUAAUUUAUUCAAAUUUUGUAGAGCAUAGGGUAGACUAAGACAAUAUACAGUAAUCAUUUUAUUAUUCAAUAUACCUAGAGAAAAUUAUAAAAAAUAUCCCCAAUAACCCACUUAGUUGCCAGAAAUAAUUUUUUGAAAUAGCAGUUGUAAUAUCAUUGGUUUUGAUUAACCCUUAAAAUCCACAGGUAGCCCAUGCUUUUCUGAAAAACAUUACUUUUCUUUUACUUUUAUGCACAAAAUAUGAGAGAAAUUUCUUUGUGAAAUGAUGAAUUAUCUUCAAAUCCCUGUAAAUUUUAUUUUUGUGGAACAUAUAGGCUCCUCUAAAGGCAUAUUGGAAUGAUCCAAACUUAAGUGAAAAAGAACGUGUGUUAAGAGACUACAUUUUAAACAAUGGAUAUGUUGAUCAGGAAGACAGGUGAGGAGAGGUUAUGUUUUUUCAGAUUUACUUCUCUUCUAUUUUUGUCAAGAUAAAUGUGCUAACAGUAAUGUUUGUUAAUGAAUUUACUUCCCUUCUAUUUUUUCAAGAUAAAUGUGCUAACAGUGAGCUUUGUUAAUGAAUUAAAAUUGCUGAUGUAUUACUUUAAUUAAAUGGAAUGAUAGGUCAUAAUUAUUAAAUAUUGUUAAAUAAAUGAAAUGAUAGGUCAUCAUAAUUACAAAUUGUUAUAUUAAUGAAGUGAUAGGUCAUAAUUAUUUCAUAUUGUUAUAGUUACAUAAAUGAAAUGCUAGGUCAUAUUAUUACGUAUUCAUAUAUAAUAAUGAAAAAAGGUCUUAAUUAUUACAUAUUUUUAAAUGAAUGAAAUGAUAGGUCAUAAUUAUUAAAUAUUUUGAAAUAAAUGAAAUUAUAGGUCAUAAUUAUUACAUAUUGGACUUUAUACUCAAUUUAUGUCUGCUUUUUAUUAGUUUUUGUUGGGUAUAGAUAAUAAUAGAUGUGCAUUUCAAUUGUUAUAUAAAUCAAAUGAUAGGUCAUAAUUAUUACAUAUUGUUAUAUAAAUUGAAAAUAGGUCAUAAAUAGUAAAUAUUAUAUAAAUGAAAUUAUACAUCAUAAUUAUUACAUUUUUGAUAUUCUGAAUUUACAUCUGCCCUCUUGUAGUUUUUAUUAGGGGGAUAUAUAAUUAAAGACAUAUUAUUCAAUUCAUACGUAAUGAUUGUACUUUUUAAAGAUAUUUUGUUAAAGGGAACCCCUUAAGUAUAACAUGUUUUUUUAUUUUUAUUACAGCAGUGAUGAAAGUGAUGUGGAAGAAAAAUUACCGGGAAUUCCCAACUUUGAGGGGGAGGAAGAAUUUCUUGAAAGAGCAGAAGAAUAUGAACAUAAAUAUAACUUCAGACAUGAAGAGCCUGGGGGAGAUGAGGUACAAUGUCCAGUAGACUGUGUUGUCAUGGCUAUUUUUAAUUUGAUCUGUGAAUUUUGGUUCAUAAAGUUUUUUCUAACACAAGAAGAAUUAACAAAAGAAAUAUUUAUUUUAAAAUGGCAAAAUCAUUUAAAUUCAUUUAAUAUUUAAAAUAAACUGUGGUCAAUAGGAUAUAACUGCUAUAUUACCCCCGAGGGGGCGCUUCUUAUAUUACUUGCUUUAUGUGCUCUUGGUUGCCAAAUGCGACUGGGUCAAGUAGAUAUGUUUGCAUAUGCAUUAGUAUAAACUGCUUAAUGAAAAAUUGUGUACACAUGCAUGCCGCAUGCACAUAUAUUUGAGACCCAUAACUUCAAGACCAUUAAUGUUUUCACAUUACACUGUGUAAAUUUUGGUAAUUUAAAAGAAAAUGGAAAGUUAACAUUUAAAUAACUUAAAGCACUAAUUUUCAUUUUUAACUUGUAUUUUUAAAUAUUUUUUUUUUACCAUCAGAUUAAAAGCUAUCCUCGUGUAAUUGAAACAUCUGUUCGAAUAAAAGACACAAGAAGAGCUGACCAAAGACAGAAGAAAAUAGAGAAAAAGAGACAGGUAACUAUUAUUUUUCUAAGAUUUGUUCAGGCAAAGUUCAUAUUGAAGCUUAGCCAAAAAUUAGUAUGAAACUAAUUUGUUUAACACCUAUAGGUACAAAGGAAAUUUGUUCUAAAGGAGGUUUGUUCAAACGAAAGUUUGUUAAAAUGGAAAUAAUGAAGAAAAAAACCCCAAUAAAAAUACAUUUUAAUUAAAAUUUGACAUUUUCCCCAUUUCUCAUUGGCACCUUGACUUACAAAACAUUUUUAAAAAAAUCGAUACGAUAAGAUAACAAUCUAUUAUUAAUCCAAAUAAGUGGAAAUGUUUUAUUAGAUAUGGUCAAUGUAACGGACUAUGUUUUCACAUGUAAACAGAGAGGUAGCAUGAGUGGACAGUGAGUGUGUUCACCAGGUUUUUCCACGGGGAGAGACAAUCAAUGUGGAUUGUAUUUUUGAGAACAAAUGUGAACUCCACGUUUUUGGAGAGUAAAAUUAUGUUUUUGUCAGAGCGGUUGUUUUGCACGCUUUGCUGGUAAUAAAGUAUGAGUUGACUGAGAUAGUAGAGAGCUGAGCGCAGAGCAGUAGAGUCAGUCAGUAGCGUGAGAGCUGUGAGAUUAGACAGUUGAGCUGAGUUAUAGUAGUCUGAGGACGUGUCUUUCUUAAUGAUGGAAUACUAUAGAUAUAUAUGUGAAAUUACAUUCAUGCAAGGAUUAUUUAUUAAUAUUAUCAAUAUAAAGUGUGUUCAAUAAAGUACUGUGAGUUUUAACUAGAAUUGAGCAUUCUUCUUUACGUGCCUGAAUAAUAAGUGAAAGAAUGAAGAAGACUGAGUCGGCAUCCUGAAGCGUUAAUAUAAGUAACCAUACUACUGACAUAACCCACAGCAUAAGAAAUAACAUCCCACGCCAUGUCAGAGUAGAAGUGUGUUACAGUCAAUUAUAUAUUUAAUUUUAACAUACGUCAUUGUAGAUGGGCUUAGGAACUUAACCACUUGUUCAGUUUGAAAAUAAGCAGUGGCAUUGAGACAAUUUUACACUGUAAUUUAACCUUCAAGGCUUCUAGGGAUAUAAUCAUUUGAAAUUUUUACAUUUAAGCUUAACAUUAAUCCAGUUCCCCAGAAAUGGAUCAUGUCUUUAACAAAAAGACUACACAUUAUUUUGAUGCAUAAAUAUAUUUUGACUUCUUCUUGAAUGAAAUAUUGUUUAGCAAAAAGAACAGCAGAGAGAAGAGAUUAGAUUGCUACAGAAGCUUCAGAAGGAAGAGAGACAAGAAAAGCUGGAAAAACUCAGAAAAAUUGCAAAUAACCCUGAGCUGAAUUAUGACCUUGAAGCUGACUUUGAUCCAGAAGAGCAUAAUAAAAUAAUGCAG